ACGUAGGCUGAUUGUCAAUUCCAGUCAUACGAUCUGUCAUCAUCCUUCGUACAAUGCGAAAAGGGAAGUUGAAAGAAGUGGAAGAGGGACAUCGCCGAGCCUUAUGAAAUCUAACGUUGCGGUAACUGUCUGAGUCAUCGAUACACUGUGAACAGACACUAAAGUGCCACGAAGAUUGUCCUGAAGACACCAUUCACAAUAAACAGCUUCCUGUUGUGGUAUUUUCUACACUUUGUCUCAGUGUGUUAGCGUCCAGAGGAAGAGACAGGGCAGUGUGACAUGGCAAGUAGAGGCGGAGCUACGCGACCCAAUGGGCAAAAUGCAGGCAACAAGAUUUGCCAGUUCAAACUUGUGCUUUUAGGAGAGUCGGCCGUGGGGAAGUCAAGUCUGGUACUUCGUUUCGUCAAGGGACAGUUUCAUGAAUUCCAGGAGAGCACAAUCGGAGCUGCCUUCCUGACUCAGACAGUAUGUUUGGACGACACAACAGUCAAGUUUGAAAUCUGGGACACAGCUGGUCAGGAGCGCUACCACAGUCUGGCUCCUAUGUACUACAGAGGUGCCCAGGCAGCCAUUGUGGUGUAUGAUAUAACAAAUGAGGAGUCAUUUGUACGGGCGAAGAACUGGGUUAAAGAGCUGCAGAGACAAGCCAGUCCAAACAUUGUAAUAGCUCUGGCAGGGAACAAGGCUGAUCUCGCAAACAAGAGAGCACUGGACUUCCAGGACGCACAGUCAUACGCAGAUGACAACAGCCUUCUUUUUAUGGAAACAUCAGCAAAGACCUCUAUGAACGUCAAUGAGAUAUUCAUGGCCAUUGCAAAAAAGUUACCCAAGAAUGAGCCUCAAGCUGCCGGGGCCAGCGGAGGGCGGAACCGAGUAGUGGACCUGACGGAGACGGCUCAGCCUACCAGCCGUUCCUGCUGCAGUAACUAACCCGGCUCUUCCUGCUCAUCCUUCCCACAUACCCCCCUUCUCCUAACUGAACAUCUGGACAUGGGCUCCUCGGCUUCCUGACGUCACACCUGACUUGUCAACCUCACUCCCCUGGAAUAGCUAAAAGACUCUGUAUAGCUGCAUUUCUAAUACCUUUCUUUUUUUCUUGAUGUUCUUUUUUUUUUUUUCUAAACUUUUUUUAAGAAGUGUAUAUCAGUAUAAUGGAUGCAUGUAUCACUACAACGCCUAAACACAUUUUUAUCUUUUGUUCAGUCGGAAGACUUACCCCAAAUUAGAAGAAUGAGCGAGCGGGAAACCUUUGAACGUCUCGAUUGUGUGGAAGUGUGAUUUUCUGAUGAGAAGCUGUAGCCUCGUUUGUUAUUUCACAGGGUUGACUGGAUGCGAAAGUUGUUGCCUAUAUGUUCACAAUCAGAAGAAAACCAAAUUGUUCCCAACUUGCGAUGCCUGGCUUCUCAGUCUGUUAUGAGGCAUCAAUGUAUUGAGACAGUGCCAGGAAAGGACUGUUGUUCAAAUCAAGGAUCGCUCCCUCCUAACAUCUGUUACACAAGAGCACAUCUUCAUCCAAGGCUCCUAAUGUAAAGCGUGUAAAAUAAGUUUGGUAGUGUCAAAAAAAGUUGGGGAAUAUUGAAAAAAGUAUUGGUGUAAAACUGCCAUGAUCCACAUUUGGCUUGCUAUUAUGCGCAAAGAUAUGUACAAUAAUAUGGGUUUGUGAGAAAGCUCAUUACGCUAAAGUUGGCGGGGUGUAGAAAACCUAGAGCUUCAGAUAGUUCAGGAACAUCAGAAAUGAAAACACCUUAAGGCCAACAUGAGGCCGGUGUGACAGGAUUUUUUUAUUUAACUUUGGCUUUCUAUUUAACUAAUGUUUUCCUGUUGCGGGUUCAUCACGUCUAUCACAGAGGCUCACGUUGAAAAGAAAAUCAACAGGAAAUUUGAUUACUGUAAAACUUCCUGCAUUGUGAGUUGCAAAGACUUAAAGAUACAACUUGUUUUAUGUGAAAUCUCAUUCUGCUCUGUCUCUGUCCAGGACAGUAGUCAACCUGCAUCAAACUGGGUGAUCUCAAUCUUAGGGAUUUUUUUUAGAGUAGAGUUCAGACGGCACACGAACAUAACAUUGGACUACUACCCAUUGUCACAAGUAUGUGGAAAAAAAUAUACUCUAACUUUGUUAUAGGGUGCAAUGUUGUUUUCUUCCUCCUUUAGCACAGCUUGCAGAGCUCAUACGCUCACAAGGAAACGAUGUAGAGAUUCCGAACAAUUGUACAGUUCAAUAUUGAUCUGCUUGUUUUCUUUCUUUUGUUUAUUUUCAUCCUGGACCAUAUCACAAAAUGGUCAAAUGUUAAGCAGUGGUGGUCUUUUUAGGUAUAUGUAGUGUUAUUAACAAAAUCCCUCUCCGGUGUAUUGUUACUUUUAUCAGAAAUGGUUCAUGGUCAUGUUUGAAAGGAACUUAUAUUUGCAUUGCACAUUGUUGAUCAUGUUUUAAUUAAUGACUGCCCCUCAAUUUUAUAUGACGGACUGUAUUGGACUUGCUAACCUACAGCUAUAAGCAGGUAGCAUAAUUAACCUAACUGGUGGUCUCUCUUACAGCUUAAUGAAUUUUAAUGAUGUAAAACAGCAUUACUAGUGAUGGGCUGAUCAGUUUUGAGUGUCUGAAUACAACUUAAUAAAUUCAAUAAACAGG